GGAUUUAACAAAUGCCCAGAUGAUGAUUUUAAUUUGCCAUUCGGUACCCAAACCCGUGGUGAGAUCACUGACUCAGAUACGAUUUCACAGCAAGUAAAACUUUGCUCUGAAGUAGAUGAAGAGAAUAUAGAAACAGUGAAUGAAUUGUACUCCAAACUCUACAAAGAGGCUGAGAAGAUCAAGAGGUGGAAACUGAGUGUGGAGUCAGAGCUAAGCCAGAAAGAGAGAAAACUGCAAGAAAACAGGAAGAUCAUUGAAGCACAGAGAAAAGCCAUUCAGGAGCUGCAGUUUGAAAACGAAAAACUCAGUUUAAAACUGGAAGAUGAGAUAUGUGAAAACAAAGAUCUCUUGAAAGAAAACACAGCCUCGAGGCAUCUGUGCAAUCUGCUCAAGGAAACCUGCACUCACUUUACAGAGAAGUCCAGCAAGUAUGAACAUGAAAGAGAAGAAACAAGACAACUGUAUGAGGAACUGAAUAACAACGUGGAAAGAAUGACAGUGGCGUUCGAGGACCUUCGUGUGCAAGCAGAGAACACCAGGCUGGAGAUGAGUUUCAAAUUAAAAGAAGAAGCAGAAAAAGUGGAGAAGGUUGAACAAGAAUGGAAACUGGAAGUGAUUCAGAAGGACAAACAGAUUUCAGCUCUGACCACACAGAGUGGUGAAAAAGAUGGUGUCAUACAAGACAUCAAGGCUCAGCUGCAGGAGUCAAACCAUAAGAUUGCUGACUUGAUAGAAGCAAAAAGGCUUGAAGGAGAAGUGUCAAAGGAGUCCCAGAUCAAACAAGAUCACCUGAGGGCAGAACUGGAAGAGGCCAAAAUGUCAUUACAAAAGGCAGAGGUGACUCAAAAGAGCUUAGAAACCGAGUUGCAGACUACAGUGAAAACAUUAAUUCAGGUCACUGGAGAGAAAGAAGCACAGGAGGAAGAAUGUAAAAACACUAAGGCUUUGCAUGCAGCACUGAUAGAGGAGUUUGAGACUUCUAUUGCCAAUUUGAAAAGCUCGCUGCAAAAAGAGCAAAAUAGAUUGGAGAAAUAUGAAGACGAGUCAAAGCUGCUUAACUUGGAGCUCAGAAAUAAAUCUGCUGAACUGGAAGAGAUGACUAAACUAAAAUGUGACAAAGAGAUGCAACUUGAAGAGCUGUCAGAAGCACUGAAAGAAAUCCCCGACUUGAAAGUACAACUGACUAGUGCAGCUGAGAAGGAACAAGAUUAUUUGAAUCAGCUCUUGACCCUGAAAACAGAUCUGGAACAAGAGAUGUUGAAGAGUGAACAACUGGCAGAGUGCAUCAAUAAGCUUUCCCUAGAGAAAGAGCAAAUAACACAAGAGAAAAGUGAUGUGGCUGCAGAACUCAAGAAACUGCAGGAAAGUCAGGAGGAGAGUAGGAAAAGAGAAGAAGAUACAAAGCAGGUGGUUGAAAACCUGGAAGAAGCAAAUGACCAGCUAAGAAACGAACUGGAGUCUUUGAAGGAGAAGAUGGCAAAGGCAGGUGAAGAGAUCCAAAGUAAACUGGAGGAAAGAGAAGAAAAUGCUAAGAGUAUUGAAAAUGAAAUGUCAAGAAAGGAGAAGCAGCUGAAGAUUCUGGAAAAUAAGAUGAAUACUCUAAAGAAACAGGUGGAAAAUAAGACCAAAUGCAUUGAAGAUUUGCAGCAGGAGAACAAGGCACUGAAAAAGAAAAUCACUGCAGAGAGCAAGAAAAGCAGUGUUUAUGAGGUGAAGGUGAAUAAAUUACAGCUAGACAUGGAAAAUAUGAACAAGCAACAUAAGGAAACACUUGACGUCUAUCAGAAAGACCUUGAGACAAAAAUAGUAAAUGAAAAGAAACUCAAUGAAGAGGUAGAGAAGAUGAAGGUACUUGCUGGAGAAGCAAAAGUGAUCCAGAAAGAAACUGAUGUCAGAUGUCAGCACAAGAUAACUGAAAUGGUGGCACUUAUGGAAAAGCACAAGCAUGAAUAUGAUAAAGUGGUGGAAGAAAAAGAUGCAGAGUUAAAACUAUAUAAAAUGAAAGAACAAGAGCAGUUGUUAUCACAAAGAUCCCUGGAAACUGAGCUGUCAUGCCUGAAAAGUGAACUGUCAUCCCUUAAGGAGCAGCUGAAAGCAGCAAUUGAAGAGAAGGAGAAUCUUGCCAAAGAACACUCCAGGAAUGUGGUACCUGAAAGUGAAAAGAAGCACAGGAAAAUACAAGCUCACUUUCCUGAGACUCCUAAACCUUACUUAGAUCUGCACAGUGAAUCUCUUAACAUCAAAAAUAACAAGUCAUUAAAUGAUAUUCCUAUGAGAACCAACACAGUGGAAAAGGCCAAAAUGACUCCUGCAAAGAGCCCCUUGGGCAGUCCAGCAUUGAAGACAUAUGCUAUAAAGACUCCUCCAAUACAUAAACUGCAAGUUGAGAGCACAAAUCUGCUCUCAGAGCAGAGCAGGAGGAAAAAGCAGAAAGUGCUUCUCCAGCUGGAUACUCACUCAGACAGCUCUGAACACAAUGACCUCCUGAGCCUAGUCUCAGAAGAAGAAACGUUUAAAAAUUUAUACAAAGAUUAUCCUCAAGCUUCACAUUUAUAUUAUCCACCCAAAAAGACAUCAACUCCCUCCAGUGCCAAGUCUCCUGGCUCUGCUCUGAAGCUCACAGCCAUGAGGAAGAUGCGUGAGACAGGAUGGGCUGCAGUGUCCAAAAUGGACAGGAAAAGGAAAAUGAAAGAAGUUGAGAAGUUCUUUGCCUAA